AUGGCUGGCCUCGCCCUCGCAGGCCUCAUGUCCUUCUUCGAGGACGGCAACAAAUACAGCGACAAAAUCCUCGACCCCGUCUGUAAGCAAAUGCCCAAAGGUGGCAAGAAAGCGUCGGAGAACUACCACGGGAAAGGAAACACCCCCCGCGACUCUGGAUCCGGCUCAACUCGACAUAAGUCGCGGUCCUCACGCGAGGAUCGCGAUGAUUACAAUUCCUCUUCCCGUCCCCGUCAUCGCUCCUCGCGGGAUCACGAGUACGACAAGUAUGACCGCUACGAUGAUAGACGGGAUACUCAUCACAGAUCUUCGCGAGAUAGGGAGAGAGAUCGAGAUGGCCGGGACCGGAGGCGGUACUCGGAGUCUGAGCAUCGACGUCCUUCUAGGAGGGAGGAAGAGAAAAGGAGGAGUUCUGUUGAUGAUUAUUCGCGGAGGAGAUCUUCAAGACGGGAUGAGAGAUCUCGACCUCCGCCGCCGAGGGAUGAGAGGAGGAGGGAUGAUAGGGACAGGUAUAGAGAUGAGCCGCCGAGGAGACGGGAGAGGGAGAGUAGGGGUGUGAGGAGUAUGAGUGAGGAUCCGUGGCGAAGGAGGUGA